GAGCAAACGCGGACUUUUGAAAUUGUUCAGUUAUCGAAUUUCUUUUGUUAGCUCAUUUCUCGACCAAUAUCCUUUCAUACCUUAUCUUCACAAUCAUCAUUAUCGAAAUUUGGACUCAUUCAACUAUAACCUCAAAAUAAACAUUCAUUAUGAAACGAAAUAGUGAUGUAUCGACAGAAUUAAACCUAGAGAAUUUGAAAGAAUUAGCAUCAACUUAUGUGGAUUGCUUACAAAACAAACCGACACCGGCAUCAAGUUUUAUAAGUAAAAUGAUGAGAAUAGAAUAUGAAUUAGAUAAAAAUGAUGAUAGAUUAUUCGCAAUAUAUUUAAAACUCUGUGGCAAUAACCAUCAUUUGGAUGCCAUUCAAUUGACUAGUGUUGAUCUGCCACCGUUGUGUAUGGCUUUAUCCCUUAAACCAUGUAUUACAAUGUUGGAUUUACGCUACAAUUUUAUUAAAGAUGAAGGAGUCGAAAUAUUAUGUGAAUUCUUAAAUGUAGAUAAUUUGUUAGAAGAAUUAAAUCUAAUGUGUAAUGAUAUCACAGAGAAAGGUGCACAGUUUCUUGCUAAUUCUUUAAAGGUAAUUCUUGCAGUACAGUUUUGUGAGUUAAAAGGGCCCGGACUUUGUGCAUUGGCUGAAUCAUUGAUUACAAAUCUUACUUUGGAGUGUAUUUAUAUUUGGGGGAAUGAACAUGAAGAAUCAGCGUGUAAAGCAUUCGCUAAUUUAAUCUGCAUAAAUCGUUUACUAGAAAAUUGCACUGAUAUAAGACCUUAUAUUGUUGAUGGUAGAACUUAUUUAGCUUACUUACCUCAUGAUUGUACUUAUAGGCAAUAUCGAUUUUCUGUACCUUGGUGGAAAUUUCAAGCACCAACUGAUCGAUCGAUUGCACUUUCUUAA